AUUCCUUUGGAAUGGACAUUGCUGUACGACAGAGAAAAAGGAAAAACUUUUCUCCAGCAAAAUGGUGGCUGAAUUAUGGCACAUGUGCACCCCUGUUGAAGGACUUGGCAAUGAAGAUUUUGAGUUUGACAUGUAGCUCCUCAGCUUGUGAGAGAAAUUGGUCAGCAUUUGAACAAGUUCAUACAAAGAAACGCAGCAGGCUACUCCAUGAUAGGAUGAGUGAUCUUGUAUUUAUCAAGUUCAACUCUAGGAUGAAGCAUAAGAGAGAGAACAAGAGUAGAGACCCAAUAGAGAAGACAAUCGUUGAUGUUCUUGAGGACGAGGAUAACGAGUUCAUCACCGACAUUGUUGGAAAUGAUAAUGUUGUUGAACAUGUUGGUGAUGAAGAUCAAACUCAACAAGAGAGAGCUUCAACAUCACAAGAACAAGGGAAAAAGAAGAAAAGGCCUACUGCGCCCCCUAGAAAGAAGAGGAAGAAGAGCUUGCAAUCUCUCCUUAAUAGUGUCGAUGAGGAAGCUAUACUUUCUGCCUCUUCCAAUUCUUCUUCGUCGGAAUCAGAAGAUGAGUCUCCCUCGGCCCUUGCUGACUCAGAUUAAUUGCAUGGUUGGGUGUACCACUUUUGUUGUUUCAAAGUGUGCUGGUGGUAUGUUGUUAUGUUGCUAUGUCAAGUUAGUUGGCUGAACUUAUAAACCGGACCAUCUCAUGUUGUUGAUGUACCACUUUUGUUAUUCAAAGUGUGCUGGUGGUAUGUU